UCUGCUUAUUGCUAAGAAAGAAGUUUAACCAGGGUACUCAGCGGUCUUUGCCAUUGCGCAAGGGUAUCCGAGUUCAGCAGCGGGGUUCCAUGACAGCAUGCUGAUCUGGUUGCGCUCCAGUUCGUCGACAGCUACCGUGAUAGCCGUCCUAUUGGUGUAUAGGGCGGCGGCGGUUGCUUCGGCUUUGUGGUCCGUAUCGGAGUAUCGAUUGGUGGAUUCUAGCAGUGCUCGAGAGCCAUUGACCAAUGACGCCAAGCGCGUAGAAUCGCGCAUCAUUGGUGGUGAGGAGGCAAUACCUGGCGAGUUUCCCUGGUAUGCAUCGUCGUCGGGUUCACCCGGUUCCGGUAUUUGUGGGGCUACACUGAUUCAUGACGAUAUCAUUCUAUCCGCUGCUCACUGCAGUGGGCAAUUUGAUCAAGGUGUGCUCAUCGGCCAUCAUCGGUUUGGUGAAAUAACUGAAGGUGCGGAGUUCCACACAAUCGAUAUGGAGAUUCGGAACGCAGACUAUGAUAUUCACAGUCAGACCAGCUCUCAUGAUGCCAUGCUAUCACGCUUGACGAAGCCGUCGCAAAAGGAAACUAUAGGAAUUAACAGUAAUGAGGAGAAUCCAAUGACGGGUGACAACCUGACGGUAAUGGGCUUUGGUACGACGGAGUUUCAGGGCGGAAGAUCAACACAGUUGAUGCGGACGACCCUACUCGCCGUCGAUUUCGACACUUGCAACGCUCAGUACGCGAACGUCGAGCUGGAACCAGACGUAAUGAUGUGUACUGGGUUCCCGGGUGGGGGUCGGGAUACCUGUCAAGGAGAUUCCGGUGGUCCUGUAGUAACAAGCGAUGGGACGCUUGUUGUGGGAAUUGUUUCCUUUGGCGUUGGCUGUGGGCUCCCCGACUUUUCUGGUGUCAACACUCGAGUGAGUGGCAUCAGUCGUUGGAUUGCCGACCAGGUAUGUCGAUUAUCCCUUAAUCCUCCGGCCGACUGUCCCGGGAUAGCAGAUGAAGCGCCAGUCCUACGAAUUGAGAUAGCGUACGAUAUGCUGCCGGCCGAGACCACUUUUGAAUUGAAAGACGAAGGUGGCAAUGUCGUUUACGCCGGUCCAGAGUACGGACCAGAGGCCACAGAUGUUUGGAUUACAGAGUUAAUCGGUUUACCGGAAAACCAGAGCUAUUCCUUUACCAUUUUUGACCAGUUCUGCGACGGUUUCUUGACAUUCCAACCCGUCAAGGCAAGCUUUGUCGAAUUGUAUUGGCUGGAAAACGCCGCAACGAAAGUACUCUUGGCACGCGUAGACGGGAAUUUCGGCUGCAACACAACGAAAACAUUCAUUUUGACGAAUUUGCUGAGUGCUCCGACCACUGUUUCCCCCGUCGCUACCGCUGUCCCCAGCGACAUGCCUAGCAAAGUUCCGAGUGUUACGCCCGUGGGCAAUCCCAGUGACCAACCGAGUGCGGUACCCACCGGGGCGCCGCGUGACGUGCUGAGCAAUCUACCGAGCGUUCGUUUUGGUUCCAACUCGGGUCCCAGCAGCGUACCGUCGGUUGUUGAUAUGGGAUUUGGGAGCAUGGCGCCAACCCGCCAACCCUCUCUUGUGAGCGAACCAACCCCCGUCACUCCGGUCGAUGGCGACGAAGAAUCCGUACGUUCGUCUCACAGUAGCGGUAGGAGAACGAAGCAGUGGAUACAAGUGUGCGGUAAGCCCUGGUGGUUCGGCGCCGAAACGCUGGUGGGUGGAAUGGUCCUACUCUGGCUGGGCAACUUUGCGGGGUUUGGUUAGACUGGAUCGACUGUGAGCACAAUGACACAAACGCCUCACGAACUACCGAUACCUAUCGUGGACAGGAGCCAAUAGAAAUACCGGAAUCUUAGCCCCAAUGGGUGCAAUUAUG